UAAAUCUGGUUGGAAGGGAUAGUGUUGACAUUCCAAGUCCCUCUCGCUGAACAGAUAGAUGUUUACUCUGUGACUACCAACGGUAGCUUUAAUUACUUGAGAUUUCAGGAUAUUUUUCCUAUAGGGAUAACAAAGGUGACUUUGCCAUUACAAUGGUAUAAUUGAUCUAAGUGAUGCAUAUACCUGCAAUGAAAAAAAUAAAGGUGUUGUUGAAUAGUUUCAUAAACAGAUAAUAUAAUGCUGAAGUGGGAUACAUUAACACUCCAUACCAUACUUGUUUGGAGUGCCAGUUCUACCUUUGCUGUGUUACAGUCUUUUUCACUGAACUAGAAUAAGUUUAUCAUAUGAUAGUACUGAGUAGAUUCCAGUAGACAGCAGGAAAAAGCAUGAUGAGGCAUGUUUCACCCUUGUCAAAGAUGAAAGCAUCUCUGACACCCUCUGGCUGAGCAAGAUGACAGAGUAAGACCGACACACUCAACUUUCAUAACAGUGGACUUUUUUAUUUCCAGUGUCCUCAUUACACAUUAAAACACUGCUUUUCAAAGAUAUGUGCUCACUAUAAAACAACAAUGUUUUUCCACUGCUUCUACAAAUACAGGGAUACUCAGUCACUCACAUUGAACAAGAUCAGCUCUUACACUUAUUUUCAGUAAGAGUAAAACAUGUGCUUAGACUGCAUGACAACGUACUGUUGGGUUUUUUGCAAAAGUGUCUUUUCUCACGGUUACAGAUUCCCAUUGGAGCAUACAAAUGUGCAAUUAUUGUAAAAGCAAUUACAGAAAUCAUGAGGAAUACGAUUUAGUUAGUGCCCCAUGUACUCUUAGAUUUAGAAAUGGAGUGUGUAAAGUACACAGUUGAAAAGUCUGUCAAAUCAUUGUGUGAUUCUUUUUCUGUCUAUGUGCAUACCACAGAGUAUAGUAUGAAAACCAAAUAACAAAAACAUACUGUAUCCCGCUGGCACUCUGAGAUGUGGAGGCAGACAGCAGUCGGAUGGGGAGGGAUGAUGACUGGGAGGCGCCUGCCCUCUCAUUAACCCCCCGUUUCCUCCACACCUCUUUGUUUACACCUUCAAGCCGGUCAAGUCCAGGAAAAAGUGUGUCAGCUUCACAGACCCCACUCUGUUCUUGUGGCAACAACAAGAUGUUGGUUCACCUGCUCAGCUGUAUUCUAUGUUUCUCAGUUUCUCAUGCGUCCGACACCGUGGCUCCGGUGCCGCAGUCUCUCGGCUUCAGUUCCUCUGUUCGCUCGGUAUGUAAACCCAUUCCGAGCACCCUGUCUUUGUGCCACGGGAUCGGCUAUAGGCAAAUGCGGAUCCCCAACUUGCUCGGUCAUGAUACUCUGAAGGAGGCCCAGCAGCAGUCGGCAAGCUGGCUGCCUCUUAUUUCCAAACUGUGCCACCGGGACACCAAGAAGUUUCUGUGCUCGCUCUUCGCUCCAGUGUGUCUCCCUGAGCUCAGCGGACCGGUCAGCCCAUGCAGGGGUCUGUGCGAGUUGGUGCGGGACGGCUGCGUGCCCGUGAUGAGCGCCUUCGGGUUCCCCUGGCCAGAGAUGUUCAACUGCAGCCGCUUCCCGCGGGGGACCGAGCUCUGUAUCGCGGCGACCGGGGAGCAGGAGGGGCGGACAGCCGAGGAGGUCAGGGACGAGGAGGCAUUGAAAGGUAGUGUUAUCUGUGAUGCCUGCAGUCUGGCUGCUGAAGGAGAGACUGACAUCCAGGAAAACUUCUGCCACAGUCCAUACGCAUUUAAGAUGCGUCUGGGCAGUGUGUCGACAGUGGGAGGAGACCGUCAGCUGGUGCCAAUGGCCCGCAGCCGCAUCCUAAGGUGGGCAGGGGGAGGUGCAGAGAGGGCAGAAGGAAUCGGAGGUGCAAUGGCCCACAGUGCUUUGUGGCUCCAAGAAGGAGGCACAUGUAUUUGUCCUGGUUUAGACUCUGCAGAGAAAACCCCAGACAGAGGGUUGGAGGAGGACCAGAUUGAUAAGAAGCAAGGUAAAGAAAGUGGAAAGGACGGGAAAAGAGCCCCGGCUGGAUGGUUCCUGGCCCUGGCGCAGGCUGAAGAGGGACGACUGGUGCUGACUCGAGUGGUGAGGUGGAGCAGAGGGGACAAAGAGCUGAAGAAGUUCAUCAGAGUUCUGCUCAAACAGGCCUGUCCUGAGCUGUAGACAGGGACUUAUUAAUCCACCACAAGCCUGCCCAAAGGAUGUGUGCAGCUAAUAAAAACUCACAUAAUCAGCAGAGGAUCCAACCAUCCAACCAGGGAUUGUUUUCUAAAUAAAACUCAGAAAGUCAAAUGAAUACAAAUUUGGAAAGAUACAUGGUGAAUUAAAUGUUGCUGAAAGCUCUGUUCAUAUAUCUGUGAAUUUGGAUAAUGACCACUUUCUUGAUGAGCUUUAAUCAUCCUGCAACUCAAACAUAGGAAGUUGGCACGGCUGUAUUUAGAAAGUUACAGCUGCACAUGGUAUGCAUAUGUUGUUAUUAGCCCUUCGGCUUGUGUGUGUGUGUGUAGUUCAGAUUAAGUAGUGUUUGCAGGGGCUGGGAGUGAUAUCAUGUUUUCCAUUGAUACAUAAGGCCCAAGAUGCAGAGUAUUUGUGAUUAUUUCUGAUAUUUAAGAACAUUUUUGUUUACCCUCUAUUUUAUCACUAUAGUAUACUUCACCAUGGAUAUAAAAAACAUGGCCAGCACAUUUUGUAUCUGAAUUUUGGAAAUGUGAUGUAACAAUAAAUCAUGUAGAUCUGUUUCUUUAUA